UUACAGGCGUAGGCACGAUUAAAAUUAUUUGCAUAGUGUAUAAGCCCUUAUGCAACACAUAGGUACACAUGAUUUCAAAAGUUGAGGAAGCAAAUUUCGGGAUCAAAUUUCCAGGAGACAAACCAACAAGACAAGCCAUUUAUAGUAAAUUUCUAAGGGUACUCUUAACUAUUCUUCCGAUGCUGCUAGGGUACCUUGAAGUGCUUUCACCUUGCUCUAGCUGCUUAACCAGUCAAGUAUAGUCAAUUGUCUAUUACUAAAUCACCAUUUGAUGGCAUGGCAUUUAAUUAAUGGUUCACUGAAACGUGUUUACUACUGAAAGCCAGUCACUCGCUGUGAAAUCUAAUUACACUUAAAUGUAAUAACUAAGCUGUAGUUUGUAUUGCUAUAAGAUUCGAUAUUCAGAUGGGAGUCAUUUCUUCAAUUUUCACAGCAUCCACAUUUUUCUCUAAAGGAGUGGGGUCUGUACUUCGUUCAAGACAAAACUGUGAGUGUUCACUGCCCUUUUGUUUGCACUCGACGCUUGAACGUGCUGUUGCGCUUCUCUGAAGUCAUUCAGUUUUCCUUUUUUCACCUGACGUGUCGUCAACACGCAUAGCUUGUAGUGCUAGAAUACCCGUAUACGUCUCCGUUUCGAGUACUAGUGAAGCUAGAUCAGUUGCCUAUAGCCUUAGACUAACCUCGUUGUUAAAUAACCAGGUGAAAAGACAGCGAUAUCGAAACAAUUGAGAAUGACACGAAUGAACACCAGAUAUUUACUGGAAAUGUAUCAAAGAAGGCUGUGUCAUUGUAUCCUUCUUUCGAGAAAAUUCUUGAUUGGAUUCGUAUUUGGUAUUGUAUCAACUUUGUUAUUGUUAAAACUUAUGGUCUCGCCGUGUCAUCCACAGCCAUCAGUUGAACAAGACGACUUGCCCAGCCAUCAAAUUCCACUAUUAACAUCGAAAGUAUCUGAAGUUAAAAAGAAACGAGAUCGAAUUCUGUGCUGGGUCAUCACGUCUCCCAAAACGCAUUCCAGGGCACAGUUGAUUAAACAGACGUGGGGUAAACGUUGCGACAAGUUGUUGUUCAUGAGUUCCAUCAAAGACAACACUUUACCAGAAGCCAUUCCACUGCCGGUGGACGACACGUAUGCAAAUUUAUGGGGGAAGACUCAGGAAGCUCUAAAAUACCUGUAUCAUCAUCACUUGGAUGACGCUGAUUGGUUCUACAAAGCGGACGAUGACACUUACGCUGUGAUGGAAAACAUGCGCCAUUUGCUUUCACAUUUUAACGCUUCCAUGCCGCUGCACCUCGGUUUCAAAUACCAACAUCCAAAGGUCCAGCAAGGCUUCACGUCCGGUGGUUCGGGCUACAUUUUAACCAAAGUCGCCAUUCGUCGGUUUGUCGAAACUGCCCUAGCACGUUCACGAAACUCGAGAGGCAAACUUGCAACCAACAGUCAGUGCGUUCUCGAUCAUCAGGGACCGGAGGAUCUCAAUUUGGGAAUCUGCCUAGAAGAAUUGAACGUAACAGCAGUUGACUCUCGUGAUGAGCACAAGGUCGAACGCUUCUUGCCCUGGAGUCUGGAAGACAUGAUAUGUGGUCAUUUGAAGAACCCUGGUUUUUGGUAUCUCAGAGAAUUUUCCUACUAUCCACUCAAACAAGACAUGAAAUGUUGUUCUCCUCAUGCAGUCGCCUUCCACUACGUCAAGGACUAUCAGCUCAAAGUCUACGAAUAUCUCAUCUACGGGCUGCGUCUCUACGAUCAGGGCAGGUGAACUAGGCGGCCAUCAUGAAGAUGAGACAUCAUAUGACGUGUGUUCUUUAUCCAUCAUGCAAAAAAUUCCUACCGAUGGGCAGUUAAAAGUUGUUCAAUCGUCGUUGUUCUUUGAUUCUACUAUGAUUAUUAAUUGAAUGAUUAUUAAUUGAUUCUACCACAAUUAUUAAUACAAAUUUCUUAAGAUGUCG